AUGGGGUUGUUCAACAAUGUUCUGCCCAAGGCAUCCUCUGCCUCCGCUUGGAACCCCUUGAACUGGGCUCCGAGCCUGCCUUCUGCCUCUGGGAUUUCGCUCCCUGAAGUCCCUUCCCUGCCUGGACUCUCUUCGUUUCCCGGGGCCUCUCUCUUGGGACCUAAGGAUCAAGCCUGGUUCAAAUCUAUACUCAUGAAGUUCGGCUUCAGCGGAAUUUUGGCUACAGUUUUCAGUUUCUUCCUUUACAUCGCUUACAUGAAAUUUAUUAAGAAGGAUAACAAGGCCAUCCACGGCUUCCUCAAGAAGAUGGUUCCGAAAUAUGUCGCCAAGACCCCCGGAAUGGGUAUGCUUAGCAAGGUCCCAUUUUUGAAUAAGCUCAUACCGUCACCCACUAGCUUGAUACAUGUACCAAAAGGUACACAGUCAGCUUUGAAUAGUAUUUCGGGAAUCGCACCCGGCAUAGCCUCGAAGCUCAACCCGUUCAAAUGGAAGGUCUUUAAUAAGAAAAAGAUGGCUGAGCAAGAGGAUGAUGAGAACUAUCAGGCUGGAGAGCCGUACGGAGAUCCUACUGCCAUGGCUACUGGAAUCGCCACUGACCUGAAGUCCAUGGGACUCAAGGGUGGAGUGAAAGACCUUCGCACACUCUUUGAGGUGGCCAAGGCCAAGGGAAAGCCUAUCAAUGAUCGUGAUAUGACCAUGGAGAAGAUGAUUGCAAUUGCGACAUCGUUGCCCCGUACGUCUAAGGCGCGAGGAAAACUCACUGGGAUUAUCGUCGAUACUCUUUGGAAGAGCCUGCAGCACCCUCCUCUAAGCUACAUGGGAAAUAAAUUCCAGUACCGAACUCCGGACGGAAGCUACAACAACCCCCUUCAACCUGACCUGGGUAAGGCUGGAAGCCCAUAUGCGAGAACGGUUCCUAAAAUGAAGUCCCUACAUGGUGUUCCUCCGGACCCUGGCCUUCUGUUUGACUUGCUCAUGGCUCGUAGCGAUGAGACCUUCAAGGAGAACCCAGCUGGUAUCUCGUCCGUUCUCUUUUACCACGCGACGAUUAUUAUCCAUGAUUGUUUCCGCACCAACCGUGUUGACCCCAGUAUCUCGGACACAUCUUCCUACCUUGACCUGGCUCCAUUGUACGGUUCGAAUCUCGAGGACCAGCUAAGCAUCCGGACAAUGCAGCAUGGUUUACUUAAGCCGGAUUCUUUUGCUGAGAAGCGUCUCCUUGGCCAGCCUCCUGGUGUUAACGUGAUGCUCAUUAUGUACAGCCGUUUCCACAACUAUGUUGCAGAUGUUCUCUUGAACGUCAACGAAAACGGUCGCUUUACUUUACAACCUUCUACCACGGAAGAGGGAAAGAGGGCGUCUCUCGCAAAGCAAGACGAGGACGUCUUCCAGACUGCUAGACUUGUCACCAACGGUCUCUAUGUUAACAUCUCUUUGCACGACUACCUCCGUGGUCUCACGAAUACCCACCACUCGGCUAGUGACUGGACUCUUGACCCUCGUGUUGAGGUCGGCAGACUUUUUGACCCCGAGGGUGUCCCGCGAGGUAUCGGCAACCAGGUGUCUGCUGAAUUCAACCUGCUGUACCGCUUCCACUCUGUAAUCUCUCGUCGCGAUGAAAAGUGGAUGAAUGAAUUCCUACAGGAGCUCUUCCCAGGUAAUAAUAAACCACUUGAUCAACUCACGCCUCAGGAGUUCGUUCAAGGUCUUUUGCGCUUUGAGCAGAACAUCCCGGACGACCCGUCACAACGGUCGUUUGGCGGGUUGCAGCGUGGUGCAAAUGGCAAGUUCGACGAUGCUGAGCUUGUCAACAUCAUGAAGGAGAGUAUGGAAGACCCUGCGGGUCUAUUCAACGCCCGAAUGGUUCCUAAGGCCCUUCGUAUUAUCGAAAUUACUGGUAUCCUCACUUCGAGAAAGUGGAACCUCGCAUCUCUAAACGAGAUGCGGGCAUUCUUUGGACUGAAGCGUCACGACACCUUUGAGGACAUCAACCCUGACCCUCAGAUUGCCGACCUCAUGCGCAAACUGUACGAUCACCCCGACAUGGUUGAAUUGUACCCCGGUCUGUUCCUUGAGGAUGGGAAGCCCCGCAUGGACCCUGGCUGUGGCGGCUGCCCUCCGUAUACUGUUGGUCGCGCUGUCUUCAGUGACGCUGUCACUUUGGUACGAUCUGACCGGUUCCUCACUGUGGACUACACAGCCUCGAACCUCACAUCCUGGGGAUACCAGGAAGUCCAGCAGGAUUAUGAUAUCCUUGGAGGAUCGAUGUUUUGGAAGUUGUUCCAGCGUGCAUUCCCUGGCUGGUUCCCUUAUAACUCCUUGCACAGCACGCAGCCAAUGUUCACUCGCAAGAUGAACGAGCAGAUUGCGCGCGAAAUUGGAACCAUUGACCAGUACACUUUGGAAGACCCAUCGCCGCCGCCGAAUCCCAUUGUGCUCAACAAAUACUCCGCCGUCACUAAGGUUCUGAGCGACCAGACCAACUUCCGCGUCAUCUGGGCAAGGAACCUCAAUGACAUGACUCCUGGGAAGAAAUACGACUCUUAUAUGCUGGGCGGUGACGCUCCUGCGAACACGGCUCAAAGGAAUAUGGUCAGCGAAAUUAUGUUCAGCCCGGUUGAGUUUAUGCAGUUGCUUUCUCAAACAUCCCUUCACGUUGGUAAGGAACUCUUGGAUGGCGAAACUCUCCGCCUCGCCACAGAUUUGAACCAGGUUGAUAUUAUACGGGACAUCGCUAUUCCUCUGAAUACCCGUAUCAUGGCCGACCUGUUCUGCCUAGAUUUAAAGACCGAUGAGAACAAGGAAGGUAGCCUUAACACCUCUGAGCUGUAUAAGCACCUCAUGAGUGUUCGCACUUUUGGCUUCAACAAUUUCGACCCUGCUCUGGCAUUGCGGCGCAGAAACGAAGCCCGUGAAGGCUCUAAGGUCUUGACUGAGACCACCCUCAAGGUAAUAUCGCAUGGCUCCGGCCAAAUUGGCGGCGACCAUGAAAUCAUACCCAAAGUCACUGGAGCUAUUCGCGGGGCAGCGACUCGCAUCACGUCAAAGAUUCCUAUCAUCGGUGGUCUUGUCAGUAACCUCGGCAAGAAAACUCAAGCAGACACCGGAUCUCUGCGCUGGUACGGCCAGAAUGUCGUAAAGGAACUCAUUGCUGCUGGAAAAUCUCCAGAGGAAGCCACCGACAUAUGCUGGUUGACCGCCGUCGCUGGCGUUGGUGCGCCGAUUGGAAUGUUUGCCGAUGUGUUGGGAUACUUCCUCCAAAGCGAAAACGCACAGCACUGGGAAGCAAUCCAGAACUUGGUUUCUAGUUCGAACGCCGAUUCCGCCGACAAGCAGCUGCGUAAAUAUGUGCUUGAGGCCCAGCGUCUUACUAGUAACCAGCGUGAUAUCCGUGUCUGUGUCGGCGAGACCACCAUUGAUGGAAAGACAUACAAGCCUGGUGAUCUUGUUAUUGCUCUAUUUGGCCCGGCAUGCAAGGAUUCUCAUGCCAUUCCUGAACCAGAUCAAUUCAAGCUCGACCGGCCAGAGAGCGCUUACAUCCACUUAGGCUACGGGCCUCACUCUUGUCUCGGACGCGAAAUUGCCCUUACUUUCCUUAUCUCCCUUGUCAGGAUCUGCGGUGGUCUGAAGAAUCUGCGCCCUGCUCCUGGUAAGAUGGGAGCUCUGAAGCAAAUUCAGGUCAACGGCGAUAGGUCCUACCUCAACGACAGCUGGUCAUACUUGACCACUGACCCGACAACCUGGAAGGUUCACUUUGAUGGCGUGGGCCAAGGCGUAUUCCGCGCCCCUAAGCUCCCGGUUGCUGUUGGUGACGUCAACUAUGGUGCCUUGAAGAAAGAGCAAGAAGACUUUGUCAAGAACAAAGCUUCCAAGCUUAUGCCUAACGGUGAUGCCCCAUCGCAGUACACCGACGGCACGGCUGAUCCCACGAAGCCAGCGACUACUGCUGCAGCCGCCGGUGCAAGCGUCCCCGUGCCCAACGGGGCUCCCUACAUCGAUGGCGUCAACCAGCCGCAACAACAGGCAACGUCUGCUGGCAAAUAUAACCCCGAUCUUCUGGAUCGAGCCAUCUCUGACUUUAGCGCGAUCAACAAGCAGGCGGUAGGCACCGCACACAACAUCGCCCACGGUUUCGUUAGCAGCGUCCCCGGAGGAAGUUCGGCCUCUCAUAUGGCUCACGGAAUUGCCCAGAACUUCAUACCUGAAUCCAGCGCUGCUGCUUUUGGUAGUGUGGACGACCAAGUAGGCCAGGCACAGUAG